AUGGUUGCGAGCCUGCUCGCCGCUGCCGCCCUUGUCGCUGCGCUGCAGUGGCUGCUCAGCUCUUCGGCCGCCACCGACGCCGGGUCGCAGCGCCGCCGCGCCUCCUCCUCCUCACCGGCGUCGCCGUCGUCGCCGCGGGAGAGGCGAGCGGCGUCGGAGGUGUCGGCGCAGCGGCGCGGCGCGGACGCCUACUCUGGCCACGAGUGGCGGAACCUCUCUCGCUCGCUGCCGCACUGCCUCUCUUCCCAGGCCGAGCUGAUGAGCAUCCCGGUGCCAUGGCCCGGCUUCCACGCGCUGUGCAUCGAGUCGUUCGGCGACGGAGAGGUCUCUGUCCUUCUCCACGCGCGCUCGGCCCGGCACGGCGACGCGGGCGGCGCGCCGUCAGAGACGUCCGCGGGCGAGAGACGCAUAUAUGCCGCGUCGUUGACGCGUCUGCGCCGCGGCCAGUUCCUGUGGCCGGGCGUGCGGAUCGGGCACAAGUUCAGGGUGCCGAUCCCGAGGGUGGCGGAGGACGGAGAGCACUCGGAGACGAGGAUGGUCGCGAGGAUAGGACCUUCCGUGAAGCCGCUCGUCCUCGUCCUGUCUGGCUUCCUCUCCGAUGGAGAGUGCGACUUUAUCAAGUCGUACGCCGCGAGCCGGAUGGUGGUGCGGUACGAGAAGGGGCAAAAGUACGGCGCGCACCGCGACUUUUUCAACCCAAACGACUACCACCGGCAUUUCCGUGCUCUUCUCCGGCAGCCGUCCAUGCUCCGCUCGGUGGAGUACGGCGCUCGCAACCGGCUCGCCACCGUCUUUUGGCGCCUCCGGCCGGGCGCCGGGAGCCGUGGAGAAGCGCCGCCUCUCUUCACCGCCUCUCGUGUCGU